CAACAGGUUUUUAUGCUGCUAUGCCAAGAGAUUUUUUAUUAAUUGUUGGUGAUGAAAUGAUUGAAGGAACAAUGGCUUGGAGAUCAAGAUAUUUUGAAUAUGUAGCAUUUAGACCAUUGACUUUAAAUUAUUGGAGACAAGGUGCUAAAUGGACAAUUGGACCGAAACCAACAAAUUUUUCCAAAUUAAUACAAAUUGAGCCUAAGAAUGUAGGUGUCGAUGAUGAACACAAUCCAGGUUAUGGAAAAGUGACAACAGAAAGUGAACCAUGUUUUGAUGCUGCAGACUUUAUACGUGCUGGACGAGAUAUUUUUGCACAAAGAAGUCAAGUUACAAAUUUAUCUGGAAUUGAAUGGGUUAGAAGGCAUCUAGAACCUCGUGGAAUAAAAGUUCAUCGACUUUCGUUUGUUGAUCCAAGACCAAUGCAUAUUGAUGCAACCUUUAAUUUGGUUAAACCUGGUAUAGCUAUUCAAAAUCCUGAUCGUCCAUGUCAUCAAGCUGAUAUAAUCAGAAAAGCUGGUUGGCAAGUUAUCAAUGCCCCACCACCAUUAAUGAAAAAAGAUCAUGAAAUGUGGCUUGGUUCAAACUGGUUAUCAAUGAAUGUUUUAAUGUUAGAUCCGAAUAGAGCAAUUGUAGAAACUGAAGAGACAAAUAUGCAAGAAAUGUACAAAAGUAUGGGGAUUAAACCAAUCAAUGUAAAAUUUAAAUUUGCAAAUUCGAUUGGAGGAGGAUUUCAUUGUUGGACUUGUGAUAUAAGACGACAAGGUAAACUUGAAUCUUAUUUCGACUGGUCCAAAGGUGAAAUACCAAAAAUUUGAAAAAAAAAAUAUUCGUUUGCAACCUAGUGAUGCGAAUUGUAGGGAA